UUCUCUGAAGGUGCUGACAGCACAGAGAGCCAGCAAUCCGCUUACUGAGCGUUACAAUUAAACAGGCUCGGCGUUUCAGUUGAUUCUUGUUCUAUCUGCUCAUUUCUCGACUUGCUAAGUAAGUACAAAAGCAGCGCGCUUGUCUUUGUUUCAGAGACCUCACGGACAUAUUAUUCAGCGUUUGCUUAUUUUGCUCUGGAAAGUAUUUAAUGCAAGGACGUAUUCUGUGAGCAGAGAGCGACUUCGACUUCAGUAGACAUGUGUAUGAGAAGAGACUACCAAUUACACAUCAUCUUUACGAUGUUGAUUGUCGCUGCUGCGGUUACACAUGGACACGGGUCUUCUCUAGAAAAUGCUGUGGGUCAGGGGAGAGUGGAGUCAGACAGCGUAGCCUUCACGCACCCCCCCCCACAGGACACGGAGAGAGGGAUCCCCCAUUUCACCACGUCAUCCCCCAUGAACAUCCCCAACCACCGGCGUCUCUUUAGAGGCUUCGCCCUCCAUGAGCACCUGCUCACUAAAGACUUCCAGGGGGACCAGCAAUUUUUCACAGACCACGGAGGUGUGGUGGGACGUCCCACAAUGCCCGGCUCUGUGUCUGCCUUCGAGGCGGGGGAUGCGUCGACCAGGCUGGUGCCGCACGAGGACGCCCCAGCUUUCUCUGACAUCGCCACUACUGCCACGGUGGCAGCCACAACCCCCCUGACCACAUCUGGUUCCACCGCCAGAGCGACUAUGACCACUGUAUCCCUGACCACCCCCGUAAUUACAACCACUGCAUCCACAGUCAGCGGCCGCAGCCCCAAUGUACCCCCCUCCCCGAACAGAAGCCCCCGUAGUCAAGGGGCUGUAAUCACAGAGACCACCCCGGCCCCUCCUGUCCUGACUGCCUCCGUGAGGGUGGGGAAAGGGGUGUUGGAGGAACCAGGGGUAAAGAACAGGACAGGACCCAGUAUCCAGCUCACCAAACUGUCCACGGAGUCCAGAGGAGAGGUAGAUGAAGGAAAGACCACCACGACCGUCAUCACAACCACCACCAUUACUACAAUGCAGACCCCAGGUCCCUGCACGGUGAAUUUCACUGACCCAGAGGGCCACAUCAUCAUUCCACAGCAGCAGCAUGCGGCUUUGUCUUCUGACCUGGCAGUGGACUGCACCUAUUUGGUGACAGUCUAUCUGGGAUAUGGGAUUGAAGUUCAGGUGCUAAACGUGAGCCUUUCCGAGGGGGACGUGGUGACGUUGGACGACAUGGGGGGACGGGAGCCCUCCAUCCUGGCCAAUGAGAGUAUCCUGAUGAGGGGUCUGGUGGUGCGCAGCUGGAGCAAUCAGAUCUCCAUCCGUUACCGCAGCGACCAGCAACCCCUCUCUGUGCUGCUGCAUUACAAAGCAUUCGUGCUGAGCUGUGCCUUCCCCAAGGAGCCAGCCAACGGGGAGGUCUCAGUGACCCACCUCCAUGCCGGGGGAGAGGCCUACUUCCAGUGUCUGACCGGCUACCAGCUGCAAGGCCCUACCAUGCUCAUCUGCCGCAACGCCACCACACCUUACUGGAGUGGCAAGGAGCCCAAAUGCCUGGCUUCUUGCGGUGGGAUGAUUAAAAACGCCACGCUGGGCCGUAUCGUCUCCCCUGGUUUCCCGGGGAACUACAGCAACAACUUGACGUGCCACUGGGUCCUGGAGGCUCCUGAAGGCCACCGGCUUCAUGUUCACUUUGAGAAAGUUGCAUUGGCUGAGGACGAUGACAGGUUCCUUAUAAAGAACGGCAACAACAUCGACUCCCCUCCAGUGUAUGACUCCUAUGAGGUGGAGUACCUGCCCAACGAGGGUGUGGUGAGCACAGGCCGUCACCUCUUUGUAGAGUUCACCACAGACGGGACGGUCACCUCCACAGGAGCUGCCAUCAGAUAUGAAGCUUUUGCGAAAGGAACCUGCUACGGGCCCUUUGUGAAGUACGGCAACUUCAGCAGCAGUGACGCGGCUUACGGUGUGGGUGCGGUGGUGGAAUUUGCCUGUGACCCCGGCUACACACUGGAGCAAGGCUCGGUCAUCAUCGAGUGUAUGGACACAGAGAACCCCCAGUGGAACGAGACGGAGCCAGCCUGCAGGGCUGUAUGUAGCGGAGAGAUCACAGACUCAGCUGGCGUGGUCCUGUCUCCAAAUUGGCCUGAAGCCUACGACAGGGGCCAGGACUGCAUCUGGGGCAUCCACGUGGAGGAGGACAAGAGGAUCAUGCUGGACAUACAAGUACUCAACAUGGGUAAGAACGACAUGUUGACCUUCUACGACGGCGACGACCUCACCGCUAACACCUUGGGUCAAUACAGCGGAGCCAGGCCUCGCUUCAAGCUCUACACCUCCAUGGCUGAUGUCACCAUCCAGUUCCAGUCGGAUCCUGCCACCAACAUCUACGGCUACGGCAACGGCUUCGUGGUCCACUUUUUUGAGGUUCCCAGGAACGAUACAUGCUCUGAGCUGCCAGAGAUCACCAAUGGCUGGAAGAGCACGUCUCACCCAGACUUGAUCCACGGCACAGUGGUCACCUACCAGUGUUACCCAGGUUACGAGGUGCAGGGCUCGGAGAUCCUCAUGUGCCAGUGGGACCUGACGUGGAGUGGAGACGUGCCCAGUUGCGAGAAAGUGAUGACAUGUCCGGACCCUGGGAACGUGGAGCACAGUCGGAGGGUUGUCACGGGAACACGCUUCAUGGUGGGCUCGACGGUGCAGUAUGUGUGUAAUAAAGGCUACUCACUGUCUGGAAGUUCACUACUCACCUGCUACAACAGGGACUCUGCCAACCCCAAGUGGAGUGACAGGCUGCCCAAGUGUAACCCCGAGAGGUACGAGCCCUGCAGGAACCCCGGUGCCCCGUCCACUAGUGUGCAGAGCUCGGAGAAAGCCUACUACCAGGCAGGGGAGACCCUGAGCUUUUCCUGUCGUACCGGCUAUGAGCUGCAGGGGGAGCCCACCAUCCGCUGUGUCCCUGGACACCCGUCACAGUGGAGCGGCCUGCCCCCUGAUUGUAAAGCGCCCUCUUCGCACUACAUGAACGAGCGGAAGUUGGAUGUGGCCGGUCCUGACUACGGUGUGGAAGGAACCAAUGUGGCCAUCGCUGUUCUGAUUCCUGCUGCCGUGGUCUUGGUUGUCACACUUGGGAUAUACCUCUACUUUGCAAAGCUUCAGGGGAAGACCAUCAGAAUGCUGACAUCGUCCUUGCCGCCAUAUGACAACAUGACAGAGGAGUCUGCCUUUAACAACCCGGUCUAUGAGACAGGACCUCGGCAGACAGUGAGCGAUUACUAAUGACUGUCCCUGUCUGUCCCUCCUCGGCUGCCUGCAGAAAAACAACGAGGUAAGGCUGUCGACUGAUGCCGAUUCUCCAUCUUAAAAGGCGCACCUCCACCUCCACCACUGUCACCUGUCACUGCAUCCACUUCCAGCAAGCUGUCCGCUGCACUGAACUGUUGUCAAGGCUUCAGCCAGCACCCUGUGGCGUUAAUGGAUCCCCUAGCACUGAGCUUCCUGACCCCCCCUUAGGUCAUCACGCCUUCUCUUUCUCAAUGCGAAAGGCUUUAUCGGACCACAUUGCUUACAGUACAUUGUCAAACAUAGACACAUGUCACUGAUGGCAUUUGGAUUCUAAUAGGAAACAAUGAUAAUCAAUGAGUGUUAACCAUUAAUAGUGGGGAUAUUAACUUCAGUAUCCUGGCAAAAUGUAUAGUGUGGUCCUCAAAGCAUCAUGGCAAACUUAACACACCCAGCAAUUACAGUAACUACACUGUAGCAAUCAAUUGUGUAUGUAAGUCAUUCUGGAACAUCUAAAUGAUCAUGACAAUGUAACAGGACAAUCCAGUAAGAGACGAGUACAGUAAUUAAAUAGAGAUUUUAUGUGAUCACAUCUCCUUGCUAUUUCUACAGGGGUAGCAAGGUGAUAUUGAGCAAAGGGGUUAUUCCCGAACUAGAUGGUGGAAUUUCUCGUUUUCUGUUUUCCUUUUAAAAUCUUUGCAUUUGUUUUCAAUUCUGGGUAGGAAAAACGCAGGUGUCCUGCUAUUUAGGAGAAGACGCAGCUGUCUGGACCUCUCUGAGAAUGAUCACAGCCUUUCCUCCCUGGGUUGCCAGGCUGUUCAUAGUACCAAGUCUGUACAUAGUCAGUGUUUUUCUUAGAGAAACAAGGGAUUCUGGUUCAUAAAACUAAGUACAUUUACACAUACUCAAAAAUAUGCAAAUCUGAUGUUCUGCAAUUGUGUACUCUCUGUUUAGUGCCAAAUAUAGCACUGAUGUUUUUUGUGUCGUCUUUCCAAUAGAUAAUAUAUUUGUAUUUUCUCAUUGUGAUCAUUUAGUUGGCCCAGGUGGUCUGAGUGCUGAGGCUGGUUUGGGGUUGAUAGUGUGUAGUGAACUCCAGACCAGCCCUCCAUGACAUUGGAGGACUGUAAAUGUAGGACUGGCCACUUUGUCAAAAUUAAUAUACCGUUUGGUGGCUCUUGUUCUCUAUGUUAAUCAGAAGUGGGGGAUUGGCCUAAUUCUACUACAGUUUUUUCUCUCUAUACUUUGGGGAUGCUCAUGUAGUUUUACUUGGUGCUUUGUCCCAUUUAUCAGGCCAUCUAUUUAAAGGCAGUCACUGUGAUAGAGUGCAAAUUGUUAUAUUAUUGAUUUGAAUAUAUUGAGCCAUUGAUCCUAGUUGGUAUGUCUAAUUUCCUUCUUUCUCUCUUUCUAAAGCCAUUUAACAGAUGCUUUUAUCAAAAUCUACUGUGCCCAGGCAUUUUUUACAUGUGGGUGGGCCCGGCAAUUGAACCAACAAUCCUGGCAUUUCAAGCACCAUACUCAGCCAUGAUCUCAUUCUCUCAAAUAGGUGCUAAUGACUUCAAUUUGAAGAAAAACAUUUAAUAAAACUGAAUUGGGGUAACUGUAGAUUAUGAAGCUUAAUAGUGUACACUACGUCAUCUUGUUUCACCUAAGUCUUAUUCAUGUUCUCAUUUUUGUACUUUCUCUAAAAGCAGUUAGAAACAAUGUUCAAGUACGUUCUGUUCAUUUUUGUUCUUUAAUUUCUACACACUUUGCAUGAUUCAUUUCUUGCCAUUGACCAUAGUCACAUUUUCAUCAUUCACUUUUUCACUUAAUUGGCAGAGAAACUGUAAUGAUAUUAGCAGAGUUAGAGCUGUUGGUCAGUCAGAAACUUUGAGGACUGUGUUUGUCUGGUCUUUUCAGGACAAACAAGAUUAUGAGGUGACUGUUUAGAGAACAUACAGUGAGGGGAUUUCAAAAGUUGCGUUUUGGGACCCUUUCUGAAUCUUUCAUCUUCCCUGCGAUGACUUCAGCUCCUAUUCUUCCUUCCCUGUCCUUCAUUUACUUUUUUUUUUAGCUUUUUAUAUAUAACUGUCUUUCCAGAGGACAUCCACCAGAACUGCAAAGAUGGUGGACAAACAUGGUGUUAUUUUUGUAGAGCUUUGAUGCAGAUGGCAUUUCUUUAGUGUUUGUACAUAAUUAUUUAAGGUUUUAAAAUAAACAGUAUACAUGACAAAUGUAUAAUGACCAAUUGUUUGAACGUUGUCCCAAUAUCAAUUUCACAUGUACACCAAAUUAGUAUUUGUUUUUAUAUACUAUAAUUCUAACAUCAAUGUCUGUAUAUGGGUUUUCAAUAUCACUUUGUAAAUAAACUGCUUGUCUGAUCCAGUAUGAGGGUGUUUUCAGCUUGAGGAACUGAGUGUUUUGUUCAGAUAGGCUCAGUUUUGUGCAAAAACAACUGUAAGUAAAUACCAGAGAAAGCCCACUGUAAUAACCUCUCUGUGGCUAAUGAUUGCAAUGAAUUCUCCACAGUUUCCUUGAUUAAACUAAUGUCAUAUCCCAGCACAUCUUUCUCAUCAUGCUGUCUACACUGAGUAGGCAUAUGCAUCAAUUCAUUGAAAAUACAGCCUUUUAAAUAUGAUGCCAUCUUCUGCCAAGUGCUGUUCAGUAAAGUAUACCAACUUCAAAUGCAUAGGACUGCUCCUCGACCACUGUCCAACACCCCUUGUUCACUGCUUUCAUGGGGGUCUGUCUCUCCAUUCUCCCCACCAGAAAAUGUCCUGAACUAUAACCCCAACACGUAAUGGCAUCAGAAAGAAUGUCAGUUCUUCAAACCAUGUACCCUUAUCUUCGUAAUAUAAACAGUCCCCUCCAUCCAAUCUGAGUUCACAGUUACAACCGAUUUUUUUUUUAUGAUUGUUCAUUUUUGUUUUUUUCUCUAAAUGUUAAUUGUACUCCUUUGGUAUCAUGUACAGUCUCCUUGGUCAUAAUCUUUGAAUAUAUCGUACAAAAUGAUGAUUGCCCAGCAAUUGUAAAUUCAGAGUAAGUUGUAAGGUGGGUGUAUAUUUUAUUACUCAAAAUCUGAAUAAAGAGAACUGCAUUACUGUGA